CGGAGCCAUGGGGGAGGCGGACCCCGGCGAGCCGGCGGCGGUGGACAGCCGGGGGGCUGCGGUGGAACCGCUGCAGAAACCGCCUUACUCCUACGUGGCGCUGAUCGCCAUGGCCAUCCGGGCCAGCCCCGAGCAGCGGCUUCCCCUCAGCGGUAUCUACGCCUACAUCGCCGGGCGCUUCCCCUACUACCGCGGCGGUCCCAAGGGCUGGCAGAACAGCGUCCGCCACAACCUCAGCCUCAACCCCUGCUUCCGCCGCCUGCCCCGCCGCGCCGCUCCCCCCGCCGCUCCCCGCCGCGGCGGGGACUGGGUGCUGGAUCCCGCCUUCCACGACAUGUUCCCGGGGGGGGACUACCGCCGCCGCCGCCGCCCGCGCCGACACCCCCCCCCCCCGCCGCCGCCGCCGCCGCCGCCUCCUCCCGCCGCGCCGCCCCCCCACUCCGCCGCCGCCGUUCCCUGGCUGGCUCCGCCGCCGCCUCCCGCCGGUUGCCCGCACGGUCCCUGCGCGGCGCUGGCGCUGCCGUUGCCCCGGGGAUGCCGCUGCGGCGAGGUGGCCGGUUGGGGCCCCCCCGCCAUCCUGGGACCGCCGCAGGGGCUGCCCGCCUGGCCGCUUGCCGGCGGCGCCGGGGCGAGGGCUGUUCUGCGCCCGGCGGACCUGGAUCUCGGGAUAAGCAGCGACCUGGGGGGGAAGGUGCCCUCCUCCUUUAAAUAAAGCCCCCGACGUGAGAUGCGGUGCCGCGGGACGGGGGCUGAUCUGCUUGAGCAGAGCUUGUGUCGGCUGGCUGGGGGUGGGUGGGGGGUUCGGGGGUGUUUCUGCAUCCCGGCUUGAGAAAGGGGCUUAAAUAAAUGCUCAGCUACUGGAAGUGCCUGGAGGAGGAUUGCUCGGAGAAGUUCCCGUUGCUGUGACUGAGAUGUGCCGCCUUGUUUCUCCGUGCUGUGAGGAGUGUGAAUUGUGCUUCUGCACUGCUUUAUCCGUUUGGA